GUUCACCCUCACCACAGAAGAGAUGGAAUUGGAUUUUCUACUCCUGGAAGCCCUUUGGUCAAAUUUUACUCAUUAAAGUCAGACAAAUCUGCACUAAGAACAUUUGAGUUUAAGGUAACAACCCCAGGAUCCAAUCCCAAAUACCUGCAUUGAAGUCUGUGGUGUUACUUCACUGGUGGGAUUUGGCCUCAGUCCUUCCUGAGUCUUUAGAAUUCUGAUUGGGCUCCGCCUCUACACUGCUGGCCAUGGAGGGCGGGCAGGGCUACCGCAAUCCCACUGAGGUGCAGAUGAGCCAGCUGGUGCUGCCCUGCCACACGAACCACCGCGGCGAGCUCAGUAUCGGGCAGCUGCUGAAGUGGAUCGACACCACCGCCUGCCUCUCCGCUGAGAGACAUGCUGGCUGCCCCUGCGUCACGGCUUCUGUGGAUGAUAUCUAUUUUGAGCACACGAUUAGUGUUGGGCAAGUUGUUAACAUCAAAGCCAAAGUAAAUCGAGCCUUUAACUCUAGCAUGGAGGUUGGCAUACAGGUCUGCUAUGAAGAUCUGAGCAGUGGGAAGCAGUGGAAUGUGUGUAAGGCCUAUGCUACUUUUGUUGCCCAAGGCAAAGGAACUUGCAAGAUGAAGCUGAAGCCGCUGGCUCCUCAGACCGAGGAGGAGAAGAUGGAACACAGCAUUGCUGCGGAGCGCCGCCGCAUGCGCCUGGCCCACACCGACACCCUCAAAGAUCUCCUCACAAGCAGCCCCUUGCAGACUGAGCGUGAGAACGGGGAAUGCAACACGGUGGUGCCUGCUGGGAAAACCAGGGUGGAGAGUGUGGAACUGGUGCUACCCCCUCAUGCCAAUCAUCAGGGAAACACCUUCGGAGGCCAGAUCAUGGCCUGGAUGGAAAUCGUUGCCACCAUAGCAGCAAGCCGGCUGUGUCACGCCCACCCCACUCUGAAGACCAUUGAAAUGUUCCAUUUCAGGGGACCAUCGCAAGUCGGGGACCGCCUCCUGUUAAAAUCGAUUGUGAACAAUGCAUUCAAAAACAGCAUGGAGGUUGGUGUUUGUGUCGAGGCCUAUCGACAAGAAAUGGAAGUUAGUCGAAGACAUAUCAACAGUGCCUUUAUGACCUUUGUUGUCUUAGAUCAAGAAGGUCAACCCAUUACCCUUCCGAUGGUGAAACCAGAAGCUGGGGACGGAGAGAGACGGCACAGAGAAGCCAGUGCUAGGAAAAAAAUUAGAUUGGACAGAAAGUACAUCAUUUCUUGUGAACAGACAAAAGUGCCAUUGUCUGUGCCCUGGGAUCAAAGUAACAAGGUGUAUCUGAGCUACAACAACGUUUCUGCACUGAAGACUUUGGUAGCGAAAACAAAUUGGGUGCUUGCCACAGAAAUAGAAAAGGUGAGGAUGUACACGCUGGAGGAAGACAAGUACCUCUCCUUCCGAAUAGAGAUGACCCUCUGCAUUGAUGCAAAGCAGGCCUUCUUCCUUCUGUCAGACUUAAGACAGAGGCAUGAAUGGGAUAGUCAUUAUGCGAGCGCUAAGCUUGUCCAGCAAGUGGACGCGGACGACAUGAUCUACCACGUGCUCAGCCAGACGGUGAGCCAAGAAAAGAAGCCCCAGGACUUUGUCAUCCUGGCAUCCCGGCGGAAGCCUUGUGAUGAAGGAGAUCCGUAUGUCGUCGCGUUCCGGUCGGUGUCGCUGCCCACGCAUCCACCCAACCCCCAGUACACCCGAGGGGAGACCAUGUGUUCUGGCUUUUGUAUUUGGCAGGAGACUGCCGAGAUAACCAAGGUAUCCUAUUACAACCAGGCUGCUCCAGGAUACCUCGCUUACGUCACGACUAACAUUGCAGGACUGUCCUCGGACUUCUAUGUUACCUUCAAAGCCUGUGAGAGAUUCCUGCAGAAGAACAAAGACGAUGUCACAGUUGGGCUCCAGAAUUUGUAAUCAUUGUCCCUUUUUGCCCGGUGGUGUGUGACUGCCUUGUACGUAUGGAAGUGAUAUUGGGGGGUGUGUGUAGGUGAGAGUGCAUGGAGAGUCAUUACUUAGAUAAUGUGAGUGGAGUUGCUGAAAGAGCCCAGUGUCUUGAAAUCCAUCUUUGUAACGUGACUAAUGUCCCCUCUUCUCUCCUGUGAUGUAUUCUGAUGAUCAGAAAUGUACUGGCUUGGAGCCCAUCUAGCGAAUCCAGAAGGGUUAGGAGGGCCCAAAUCUGUGGCAGCUGUAGGAUUUCUAGGGUAGUUUAUCUGAGUGCAAAAUGUGGCCUGGGGUGGGAAGGUAGGUCCGAGUGGUCCCUACCUGGCCAGUGUUUCAUUGUCAAGUUGGCUCACGCUGAGGCCUAGUGCUGGAGCGGGGAGGGGGGGGGGGGGGG